GCAGUGGAUGUUGGGAGCUGUCAUUUGUCAGAGAUUGCUUCCAACGAAGAAGGGAAUGCUGUCAUCAGUAAGGCAGCGAACGGUUUAUUGGAAUUGGAGAUUUUAUGGUGUAAUCGUCACCCAGUUGACUUUACUGCUGGAGAUAGCACACCUUUGCGUUUUUAUUUUCCUCCGUGUGUUAGGAACCCAGGAGUCUGUAUCAAGAAACAUCCUGUCUCGGUGUUUGGUGGCAACAAACCGGCAUUCGGGGAUGAUUUUGUUUGGAUGGGGUGCUUCUAGCCAGUAGCAGCAUUCUACAAGAGAAUGAAUACAGAGGAACUGGAAUUACUGAGUGACUCCAAGUAUAGAAACUAUGUAGCUGCUGUGGACAAGGCCCUUAAAAACUUUGAAUACUCCAGUGAAUGGGCCGAUUUGAUAUCAGCCCUAGGAAAGCUAAACAAGGUGUUUCAGAAUAAUGCCAAAUACCAGGUGAUUCCAAAAAAGCUUACAAUCGGUAAACGUUUAGCACAAUGUCUUCACCCAGCACUACCCAGUGGAGUCCACCGUAAAGCUUUGGAGACUUAUGAAAUCAUCUUCAAAAUUAUUGGACCAAAACGUUUGGCUAAGGAUCUCUUUUUAUACAGCUCUGGACUUUUUCCACUACUUGCCAAUGCAGCUAUGUCUGUAAAACCAGCAUUGCUUAGCUUAUAUGAAACAUAUUAUUUACCUUUAGGUAAAACAUUAAAGCCUGGUCUUCAGGGGCUGUUGACUGGAGUAUUGCCUGGUUUGGAAGAGGGUUCUGAAUACUAUGAUAGGACAAACACUUUGCUGGAGAAAGUGGCUGCAGCAGUGGAGCAGUCAGCGUUUUAUAGUGCCCUAUGGGGCAGUAUCUUGACCAGUCCUGCUGUUCGAUUGCCAGGAAUUACAUAUGUUCUCUGCCAUCUUAACAGAAAGCUCUCCAUGGAGGACCAGCUUUUCAUCAUUGGGAGUGAUAUUGAGCUAAUGGUGGAGGCAGUCAGUACCUCCGUCCAGGACUCAAGUGUGCUUGUUCAGAGGAGCACUUUAGACCUCAUUCUCUUUUGCUUUCCUUUCCACAUGAGCCAGGCUACUCGACCAGAUAUGAUACGGAUUCUGUCUGCUGCCUUGCAUGUUGUACUGCGUAGAGACAUGUCCUUGAAUCGCAGACUUUAUGCAUGGCUUCUUGGUUUUGACAACAAUGGUGCGAUAAUAGGCCCUAGGAGUACACGGCAUAGUAAUCCUGAAGAACAUACCAUCUACUAUUUCAAUUCAUUUUCUAAGGAUAUGUUGGUGCAGGCCAUGAUAGGAAUUCUGCAAGGUAAAACAUUUGGAGGAGAAGAUGAAAGUGUAGUGACACGUGACCUUAAACCAUUUCGCAUCCUUAUUAGCCUGUUGGAUAAACCAGAAUUAGGGCCAGCAAUAUUGGAAGAUGUUCUGAUUGAGGUAUUUAGAACAUUACACUUACAGUGCAAAGCUGAGUUGGAUUUGCAAAUACAGUCUCCAUUUCAAAGAGAUCACACCCAGUUGAGCAGCAAGUUGAGAGAGAAUAAGAAAACCGCAGAGCUAAUUAAAACUGCAAAUCUUCUGUUCAACUCAUUUGAGCCUUACUACAUGUGGGACUAUAUAGCAAGAUGGUUUGAGGAAUGUUGCAGGAGAACAUUAAAUACAAGGUUGCAGGCUGGACCUGGCAGCAGCAGUGAUACAAAUGACUUGUCUCUUGCAGAAUUUUGUCUUCUAGUAGACUUCCUGUUAGAUAUUGUGUCAUUGCCUACUAGAAGUAUGAGAGUGAUCUGUCAGGAAACAUACAUUGAAAUCCAGACAGAGCACUUGCCCCAGUUGCUCUUGAGGAUGGUUUCAGCUUUGACAAGCCACCUUCAAGCUCUGCAGUUAUCUGAACUAACAUACAGCUUGCAACUGUGUUCUAAGAUUUUAAGUAAAGUUCAACCACCAUUAGUAUCUCCUGCUGUUGAAGGAAGCUUUCUGUUACCAGCUGGAUCAAUCAGAGACAGAGAUGAAAAAAAGUUUAUCCCACCUGUGGAAUACACCAGUGACGUCUUUGAAGAUAAUGAUAAUCCUCCGAGUAGCCGCUCUUCUGAAAGUGGAUUUACUGAGUUUGUGCAGUACCAAGCUGAUAAAAGUGAAGAUAUUGAUAGAAGUUCGGGUGAUAUUCACAAACUUCACAGCUCUCUCCCUGUGGGCAGUGUUUCUUCUGAAGCAGAAACUGCAUCUACGGUGGGCUCAGAAGAUACUGUGGUACAUUCUUCUCCUAGAAUUGGCCAUCUUUCCACAGCUAUAAGUGGCACAGCUAAGCAGAAGACUGUCAUGCAGUGUUGCCUUGAGUAUUUCCAGCAAUUCCUCACCCGACUCAUAUCACUAUAUGUUUCAUCUUGCACUUCUACUGAAUGUUUCAGGCUUCAGAAAGGCAAUGGGGCCACAACUGUGGUAAAAGAUCAUAAAACAAUAAUUGCCCCCUGUACACAAAUGGCAAAAAAGGAUUGUCUGAGAGCAUUUACUGCAGCUUGCCAAUUAUUUCUUGAAUGUUCAAGUUUUCCUGUUUACAUUGCUGAGGGUAAUUCGAAGUCGGCGCCUCCAGUUGAUGAGUACAUGCAUGACUGUGAACAAGUUCAGCCACCAUUAUGGCUACAGUCUCUCAUGAAUGCCUGCUGCUGUGGUAGUGAAUUCAGCAUCCAAGCUGUCGCUAUCUCCUUAGUAAUGGAUCUGGUUGGCCUUGCUCAGUCUGUUGCUGCAGAAACUGGAGAAAAUGGCAGUAAUUUGGAGAUGGGUCAGCCAAUGAGUCCUAGCCAGGGCAGAGUGGCUGUAGUGAUCAGACCUCCACUUACACAAGGAAUGCUAAGAUUUAUUGCUGAGAAAACAGAAUUUUUUAAACAUGUUGCAUUGACAUUAUGGGAUCAGAUGGCUGAAGGAACCCCUCAACAUCAUCAAAGAAGCGUAGAGCUUUUCUAUCAACUACACAAUCUUGUCCCAUCUUCCAGCAUCUGUGAAGAUGUUAUUAGUCAACAACUGACACACAGAGACAAGAAAAUUCGUUUGGAAGCUCAUAUCAAAUUUUCAGUACUCUGGCACCUUACAAGAGACCUAAAUGUGAACAAGUCUUCCCCUUUCAACCGUACAUUUGACAGGUCUUUGUUCAUCAUGUUGGACAGUCUGAGUAGCUGUGAUGGGUCCACUUGUUCCAUAGGCCAAGCCUGGCUUCACCAGGUGCUGCAGAGACAUGAUAUCGCUAGAGUUUUGGAGCCCCUACUGCUUUUGCUUCUACACCCAAAAACUCACAGAGUCUCUGUGCAACGGGUCCAGGCGGAACGACACUGGAGCAGAGCCAAGAGUGUGCAGGAAGAAGGUGGAGGACCGAACUUUAUUGCAGAGAUCAGCUAUGAUGAAAAUUUCAGCAAAGUUUCUGUUGGUGACAGAAAAGAAACAUCUGCUCAAGAGGCUAAUGGGAAAGGGCAUAAUCUGGAAGAGGUGGAACACUUCAGUCUAACAGUCAAUCCACUUAGUGACAACUUAUCCUUGCUUAGUACCAGCAGUGAAAACCUUCAGCUGGCCUCUGCAGAUUUUGAUUUGCCUGACCAACAAGCAGAAAUUCUGCAGAGCUUUGAUUCUGGAGGUUCACAGUCUUCCACAGCAGACAACACCAGCUUUGAAGAACAUGAUAGUACUGGCACUCCAGAAACUCCAGAAAGCAACAUGGACACUAUCUCUCAUGUUUGUCUGAAGGAAGACAUUUUAGAAGAUGUUGUACAACAGGUGUUGUCUGACAUUGUAGAUCAAGUGGAGAAAACAGUGGAGGAAGGUUUAGCAUUGACAGAAGAGUGGCAACAGGUAGACUCCGACUCUUCUAAGUCAGAAUGCAGUUUGUUUGAACCCUCCAAAAAUGGCUGUUCAGAUCUGAAUAAAGAUGUAAAUGUGACUAUUAAAGAGCCCAGCACAGAGUCUGAGCUUAAUGGCAUGCAUGAGUUCUUUACAAGUUCUUCAGAGUCAAAUGAAAAAGUAGAAGAAGGUAUUACCAGACAUAGCUCUUCCCCUUCCAUUGUUAUGGGUUCAAAGCCUGUUCCAGAACUGGGUCUUCAUGCAGAUGAACAUGAGUCUCGCAAGAGAAGCCACAGCAGCCUACAAUUAAGCCUGAAAGGAAAAAUUAUGGAGAAGCUAUCUGAUAAAUCACCUGGAGCCAAGCCUAAGUUGAAAACACAUAAGAAGAAGGAUGAAGACAAGAAAAAGUUACAGUCUGAGAAAGCUAAACAGCCUAGCAUUUUCUUUGGGGACAGCCUGGAUUUAGAAAAUUGGUAUAGCUGUGGAGAGGGUGAAGUUUCUGAAAUUGAAAGUGAUAUUGGUUCUCCGGGAGUAAUUAGGACAGCUUCACCCAUUCGUUUCAAUAUUCACCCUCUGUAUCAGCAUGUGUUAUUAUAUUUACAAUUGUAUGAUUCUUCACGCACGCUUCAUUCACUUUCAGCUCUUGCUGCAAUGCUGAAAGCAAACCCAUCUGGGUUUGUCAACACCAUUGCCACUACCAGCAUCAAUAACACUUACACUCCACAACUUUCACUGCUACAAAAUUUACUGGCUCGCCACCGGAUAUCAGUGAUGGGAAAAGACUUUUAUAGUCACAUUCCAGUUGAUUCUCACAAUCAUGCUUUCCGCAGCUCAAUGUUCAUUGAGAUUAUCAUUUCUCUCUGCCUCUACUUUUUGCGCAGCUAUUAUCCUACUCAUGUGCCAUGUUCCCAACAGGACCUUUCAGGGAAUCGCAAUAUGCAGAUCAUGAGCAUUGAGGUUCUGACUCUGCUUUUUACUGAGCUUACUAAGGUUACUGAGAGCUCAGCCAAGGGAUUUGCAAGCUUUAUAUCAGAUGUUCUGUCAAAGUGUAAAGUGCAAAAAGUAGUGCUUCACUGCAUACUGUCAACUAUCUUCAGUGCUCAAAAGUGGCAUGGUGAGAGAGCAAUUAACAAGAACAUUGCCACAAUGGAAGAAGGUCUCUCUGAGGACAGUAUAAUUAAUUUCUCAGAGGAUGAAAUAGAUAAUUGCAGCACACUUCAGUCACAGCUUUUACGUCUGCUCCAGAGUCUCAUCAUCUUAGAGCACAGAGUCAUAGUUCUUCCAGAGGAAAUCGACAGUGGCUAUGAGUUUGUUGCCGCAGAUGCAGAGCACAUUAACCCACAGCAACCCAUGACGUCUCUGCAGUAUUUGCACUCUCAACCAAUUACUUCACAAGGCAUGUUCCUCUGUGCUGUAAUAAGGGCCUUGCACCAGCAUUAUACUUGCAAGAUGCACCCUCAGUGGAUUAAUCUGAUCACAGCAACACUGCCCUACAUGAGGAAAGUUCUUAAAAGAAUUGUGACCUCUGUUACACUGCAGUUGUGCCGCAACUUAGAAAAUUUAAUUCAGCAUUACAGAUAUGAAAUGGGUUUGGCAGACAACAGACCUGUCUGGAUGGCAUCAAGUGUUCCUCCAGAUAUGAUUCUUACUGUUUUGGAGGGUAUUACAACUAUAAUUCAUUACUGCCUUUUAGACCCAUCUACUCAGUACCACCAGCAGUUGCUAGUUAAUGUUGACCAGAAGCACUUGGCUGAAGCUCGCAGUGGUAUUCUUUCAAUUCUUCAUACCAUCAUAUCCUCUGUCACACUCUUAUGGAGUGUGUUGUAUUUGGCUGACACUUCAGAACGUCCUGCUUCUGCCUCUGCCAUUUUACCUUCUAUCAUCAACUUGGGAUCCACAAAGAAUCUUAGGCAACAGAUUCUAGAGCUUCUUGGGCCAAUUUCCAUGAAUCAUGGUGUACACUUCAUGGCUGCCAUUGCGUAUGUGUGGAAUGAAAGAAAGCAUGGAAAAAACUCAUCCCGCAACAAGGUUAUUCCUACAGCGAGUGAGGAGCAGUUGCUUUUAGUAGAGCUGGUACGUUCUAUCAGUGCUAUGAGGACAGAGACGGUAAUACAGACUGUAAAAGAAGUUUUAAAACAGCCCCCAGCAAUAGCUAAGGAAAAGAAGCAUCUGUCAUUGGAAGUUUGUAUGCUACAGUUUUUUUACGCAUAUGUACAAAGAAUUCCUGUCUCUACAUUGGUGGAUAGCUGGCCUUCACUUUUUACUUUACUUAAGGAUUCUGUUCAGCUUGGCCUUCCAGCACCAGGCCAGUUCAUUAUUCUUGGAGUACUGAAUGAGUUUAUCUUGAAGAAUCCCAAUUUAGAAAAUAAGAAGGAUCAAAGAGACCUUCAGGAUGUUACACACAAAGUGGUUGAAGCUAUUGGCAACAUUGCUGGCUCUUCCUUGGAGCAGACAACAUGGCUUCGAAGGAACCUAGAAGUAAAAGCGUCACCACAAAUUGUGGUAGAUGGCAGCAGUCUUGAAACAGAUGUUGAAGAUCUUAUGCUUACAGUUGCAGAGGCUUCAAGUUUUACACCAUCUGUUUAUAGUGUGCACGCAUUAACCUUGUUAGCUGAGGUUUUGGCUCAUCUCUUGGAUAUGGUGUUCUACAGCGAUGAAAAGGAAAGAGUUAUUCCUUUACUUGUAAACAUCAUGCACUAUGUAGUUCCUUACCUCCGCAACCACAGUGCCCACAAUGCUCCUAGUUACCGGGCUUGUGUGCAGCUACUGAGCAGCCUUAGUGGUUACCAGUACACCAGGAGAGCCUGGAAGAAGGAAGCAUUUGACCUCUUUAUGGACACCACAUUCUUUCAGAUGGACUCAUCUUGUGUCAGUCACUGGCGAGCAAUCAUGGAUCACUUGAUGACUCAUGACAAAACCACAUUUCGAGACUUGAUGACACGUGUAGCUGUUGCACAGAGCAGCUCGUUGAACCUGUUCACAAACAGGGAGGCAGAGCUGGAACAACGUGCAAUGCUUUUGAAGCGCCUGGCUUUUGCUAUUUUCAGCAGUGAAGUGGACCAAUAUCAAAAGUACCUACCAGACAUCCAGGAGCGAUUAGUUGAGAGUUUACGAUUACCACAAGUGCCAACACUCCAUGCUCAGGUGUUCCUUUUUUUCCGCGUGUUGCUUCUGCGAGUCUCUCCACAACACUUGACUUCAUUAUGGCCAACAAUGAUCACCGAGUUGGUUCAGGUGUUCUUAUUAAUGGAACAAGAACUCACAGCUGAUGAGGACAUUUCAAGGACUUCUGGUCCAUCAGCGGCAGGGCUGGAGACCACGUACACAGGAGGCAAUGGAUUCUCCACCUCCUAUAACAGUCAGCGAUGGCUGAACUUGUACCUCUCUGCCUGCAAGUUCCUCGAUUUAGCUCUCGCGUUACCAUCUGAAAGCUUGCCUCAGUUUCAAAUGUAUCGAUGGGCUUUCAUUCCAGAAGUAUCAGAUGACUCGGGUCUGGAGGUCCGCAGGCAAGGCAUGCACCAAAGGGAAUUCAAACCAUAUGUAGUUCGACUAGCAAAAUUGCUAAGGAAGAGAACAAAGAAGAAUCUGGAGGAUGACAGUUCUGGUAAAAGCCUUUCCUGGGAGCCUGGUCACUUGCUGCUUACUCUCUACACCAUCCGCAGUAUGGAACAGCUUCUGCCCUUCUUCAGCCUAUUGAGCCAAGUAUUCAACAGCAAAGUGACGAGCAGGUCUGCAGGACACUCGGAGAGUCCUGUGCUUUACACCCAGAAAGACGUCAAAUCGGACAGCCAGAAACUUGUCUGGAGCAAAGCGAGGCAGAAAAUUGAAGAAAUGCUAGAGAAAGACUUUCUUGAAGGGGUCAUAAAAUUAUAAAGAAAUGUAUAUGCAUUGUACAGCAUUGUGGGUGUCAAACAAAAAGAAAAGAAAAACGGAAAACUGUAAAGUCUUUUUUGUAUUUAAAAUUGAACAAAGUUCUUAAGAUGUAUCUAUUUAAAUACUUUUAUUUGUACAUAUGUAAUGAUAACUCUGAAUGUUGGCUAAAGUAUUGUUUGCCUAUCGAUUAUUUCUGUAGUAUACAUGUAAAUUCAUUGUAUCAUUCUCUACUGCUCUGUCUUACUAAUAAAUCGACACUGAAAUAA